CUCGGGCUGGCCCGGAAGCGGACGGGGCACCGGGACCAAAGCCCCAGUGGGGACCGAGAGCUCGCAGACUGGCUGCAGCGAUGCAUUGGGGAAACUGGAGGUUCUGGCCGUCAGACUAACGGAGCACCAGAGGGACUGAUCGUCACACCGGAAAACUCAGUAUCAGGAUUGGCCUCCAUUUGUGUGGUUUGUUGACAUGCAGGAGAAGAACAGAAGAUAUUCCAUUCCAACCUCUGGUAAUUUGUCCAAAAUGGUACAGCCACAAAGAUUGAAUGCCAAAGGAGCUGACUCCCUGGCUAAUGAGCCAGUCCGGCCUUUCUCACCACCUACACUUUCUCAAACGUAUGGACCUACAGCUAAGUUUGAUUUGCCGAUGAUGAGACACAACUUUGUAGCCAUGCCACUUCCCAAGAGCAAUGAGAAUGAAGAACUGAACAGAGGAAGGGACUUGUCCACGCCAAAAUACAAUACCCGUUUGAAUACUUGCACUCACUCUCGAUAUAUGCCAAAAACAAAGACAGCAUUAAGCAUUGAAGAUGUAAAAUUGUACAAGCCUACAUCAUCAGGCCAACCUUCUAAUGGAUACCACACUUCGACUGACCUUAAUACUGGACAACCGCACGGAAAAGAAAUGUUGCCUUGCAUAUCGGAAAGCGGGGAAUCCAGAAUUCCUGAUUAUUUUAAAACAUUUAGAGAUCGGACUUUGCCAGAUUGGGAUCCUGAUGAGGAAUAUCAGGCCUUACUUGACUUCACUUAUCCCUUAAGACCAUUGAAUUUUACCUCGAAGGACUUGUUAGAUGGUGAGGAUCUGUCUAGUGGGCCAUGUUUUAAGGAUUCUGGCAUUAUAACUGAUGGUCCUUUGCUGCCCACUGACAAUAUGCUAAUGUCAAAGAUUACGUUGCCAUUUCCUGCUUACCAGACAAACAGAAGCGAUGCUGCUAAUCGAUCCCAGGCUGACAACAACCUUGGAGAAUCUAUUGCAGCCCCUCGACGUUCCUCCAGUCCCUUGCCUUCGUAUAGCAAGCCAUUCUGUUUGACAUCUGCUCCACCCUUAAAAGCACAACCAUCUCCCAAAUCUUUCACUGAGCAUUCCAGAAUCAAUAAAGGACAACUUUCAGACAGUUUGAUUAACAGUACAAUCACAUCUGAUUGCAUGCUGACCAGUUCUAUUACAGAUUCUGGUUUUCUGUCCAAGAAUUCAAGUGAAGAAAUUGUCGACCGCUUAAUAUCUGGAGAUGAUGCAAGCAGCUUCUUAUCCACGGCACAGGUUCUUCCCCUGAGUAAAGAGUGGGAGAGUGAUGAAGAAUACCUGAGUCUUCCAAAUAAGCUAGAAGAGCUAGAAGACUUAGCUCAGCAAUUGGAGAAUCUCACUGCUCGCUUGGACGGGUCUGCUGAUAUGUCGGAACGGAAUGUAACGACCACAAGUGAUCUGGACAUUCUUGACGGAGGCGUUCAAGACACCUUCCCUAAUUUUGGUGGCAGCUGUGACUUCCCUCGUUUGCAUGGCCAACAAGGAAGUGAGUCCGUUAACAUCCAUGACUCUACAGAGAGUGAAGAUGUAGUCAUGGAAUUGAAGAAGGUCACUGACUUUAUAAAGAAGCUUGGCAAGGACCCUGGUUCACGGUUGCCUAAUCAGCAGUUCCCAGAGCUCACAGGGGAGAGUCAGAGCAGUGACUACCUUCUCGCUCACGUACAGAACUUUAGCAACAAGCUGGAAGAAAUGGUGCAGUGGCUGCACGAGGUGGCGGAGACCACGGACAACUGGAUCCCACCGCAGCCCGAGUUGGAGAGCAUAAAGUUCUCUCUAGGUGUGUGUAUGGCUUUUAAGAAUGAUAUUAAUGAUCACAGAGAGCUGACCGAUUCCGUGUUAAACUCUGGAGAAAUUCUGCUCAAGUCAGUGAUUGAUACCACCCCAGUUCUUAAGGACACACUCAAAUUGAUAGCAAGACAAUCCAGGCGGCUCAAUGGACAUGCUGCACGUCUGUACUCCUCUGUUCUCACAGCUAUGAAUAUGGUCAAAGAUGACUUGGAGACCAAGCAACACGAUCUUGAAGCUGCUGGCUUGGAGAGGCAGUUGUUAACGACUGAAGAUUGCAAGUGGUGUUGAGGAAUAUGUCUGAAAUCACAUGAACUUAGAUCAUCCAAAUUAAAAUCGUGAGCAAUGGAAUGUUGAAGCUCCUGGUAAUUCAAGUUUGAGGUGUUUCGCAUUUAUACAUACCACUUCCUGCAAUUAACUUCCACUUUUUAUGCAGGCAAGUGCUCUGUUUACUACCAAUGCUAUAAUUUUAUUUAAAACUUCUGAAUUUGUCAAAUUCAUGUUGACCAGAGGUAAAUGGCUUAUUUUUUUAAUGUUUUAAGUACUAACAGUAACACAUCCUAUUGGUAGCCAACACUAUGUAAAGAGUGAAUUUCCAGAUGCAUGCUACUGAGAAUUCCAUAUGAUGCACCACCCCCUAUUUGUUCUGAAAACAGUUUUCUGUUGGAAACUUAAAAAUCAAUAGUGUUCAGUAAGUCUGAUUUACAUAGGUUUAAUUUAAAAACCAGUUCUCCUGUGCCAGAAUUCCUUGCGAGAUGGACAAAAAUGAAAAUGGCAAAUCUGUGGCAUAGUUAUCAGAUCACUGUUUGAAGCAGUAACCAAAUAACACCACCAUUUUUCACCACAAAUGGAAGGUGUUGACAGUUUGUGCUAAGUUUGAUAUUUAAUCUUGUACAAUUUCCUGCAGCAUCUACAUUUUCUGCAUUUGUUACAACACUACUUGCAACUUCAGUUUUGUAUGGUUAUGCUGGUAAUUUUUUAAAAAAAAAAAUCAGUUUGCUAUGUAUUGUGGUUCAUUGUAACCUUUAACUUUGCAGUGCUGUUUAUUAAAAUAUUUUCUUUCUAA